CGUCCAAUGGGGCGUCUACGUGUCUAUGUUGGAAACUGUCAACAGUCAGAGGCAGUAGCAAAGACGUUCUAUCUACAUCGAUUGUCUGCGCUGCACCCAAAUGGAGGACCGGAUCAUCAUCAGAUGACUGCAGCUAAAUGCUGAUGCUUCUUUUUUAACUCAAGUCAGUCAUAAGAUGCAAACUUGUUGAAUGGAUGAUGAGAAACUAGACUGACAUCGUCACUAGGGACUGGCCAGAAGAAUCGUUUUUCUUCUGAUAUUUUUAGCUCGAAGGACUCCUUGUUGUGUUGCUCCUCAGCUUCACACACCAUCUCUCAGCUCUGUUGUGCAGAGUGGAACCACCCCCCUCCCCCAGGCCUCAUGCCCCCUCCAUCGACGGCCCACUUCAUCGGUGUGUUGGUGUACAAUGGUGUGGUGGGAUGCUAAGGGCUGCCGCGGGGGACUGUGAUGUCAGAGCCCGGCAGCCCAGGCGAGAGCCAGCGUGGCGCUCCCAGAUUCUUCGUGGGCUGCGAGGACGAUGAGAGCGAAGUCCUGGAAGACAGCAUAAGGACAGACAUGGAGCUGUACGAAGACGAUGAAGACACCGACUCUCCCCCAGAGCAACAGAUUGUGGUAGGGAUCUGUUGCAUGAUGAAGAAGUCCAAGUCCAAGCCAAUGACCCAGAUUCUGGAGAGGCUUUGCAAGUUUGAGUACAUCACCGUGGUCAUCUUCCCGGAGGACAUCAUCCUCAACGAGCCUGUGGACAAAUGGCCUCUGUGUGAUUGUCUCAUCUCCUUCCAUUCCAAGGGAUUCCCGUUGGAUAAGGCUGUGAGCUACGCCAAGCUGAGAAACCCUCUGCACAUCAAUGACCUGAACAUGCAAUACUACAUACAGGACAGAAGAGAGGUGUAUCGCAUCCUGCAGGAAGAGGGGAUUGAGCUGCCACGCUAUGCAGUGCUGAACCGUGACCCAGAUAAACCAGACGAGUGUAACCUAGUGGAAGGAGAGGACCAUGUAGAGGUGAAUGGAGAGAUGUUCCAGAAGCCUUUUGUUGAGAAACCCGUCUGUGCUGAGGACCACAACGUCUACAUCUACUACCCCACCUCUGCAGGUGGUGGCAGUCAGCGGCUCUUCAGAAAGAUUGGGAGUCGCAGCAGCGUUUACUCUCCAGAGAGCAGUGUGAGGAAGACGGGUUCUUACAUCUAUGAGGAGUUCAUGCCAACCGAUGGUACUGAUGUUAAGGUGUACACCGUUGGGCCAGAUUAUGCUCACGCUGAGGCCCGGAAGUCUCCAGCUUUGGAUGGGAAGGUGGAGCGGGACAGCGAGGGGAAGGAAGUCCGUUACCCUGUCAUGCUCUCAGCUAUGGAGAAACUGAUGGCCCGGAAAGUGUGCCUCGCAUUUAAGCAAACAGUGUGUGGCUUCGAUCUUCUUCGUGCCAAUGGACGCUCCUACGUGUGUGAUGUCAACGGUUUUAGCUUUGUGAAGAACUCAAUGAAAUACUACGAUGAUUGUGCCAAAAUUCUAGGGAAUAUUGUGAUGCGUGAGCUGGCGCCUCAGUUUCAGAUACCGUGGUCUAUUCCAACAGAGGCAGAGGACAUCCCCAUUGUUCCCACCACGUCAGGGACCAUGAUGGAACUACGCUGUGUUAUCGCUGUGAUCCGUCAUGGAGACAGAACACCCAAACAGAAGAUGAAGAUGGAAGUUCGCAACCCCAUGUUCUUUGAUCUGUUUGAAAAAUAUGAGGGAUACAAAACUGGGAAACUAAAACUCAAAAAGCCAAAACAACUACAGGAGGUGCUGGACAUCACACGGCAACUGUUGGCAGAACUGGGACAACACAAUGACUGUGAGAUAGAAGAGAAGAAGUCCAAACUGGAGCAGCUGAAGACGGUUUUAGAAAUGUAUGGCCACUUCUCUGGGAUCAAUCGAAAAGUGCAACUGACGUACCUGCCCCACGGACAGCCUAAAACCUCAAGUGAAGAAGAAGACACCCGUAAGGAGGGACCGUCUCUGCUGUUGGUGCUGAAGUGGGGGGGAGAGCUGACUCCGGUUGGAAGAGUUCAGGCUGAGGAGCUGGGAAGAGCUUUCCGCUGCAUGUACCCUGGAGGGCAAGGAGACUACGCUGGAUUUCCAGGCUGUGGGUUACUGCGAUUACACAGCACCUACAGACACGACCUGAAGAUAUAUGCAUCUGAUGAAGGCAGGGUGCAGAUGACAGCUGCAGCUUUUGCAAAGGGCUUGCUGGCUCUAGAAGGUGAGCUGACACCCAUCCUGGUUCAGAUGGUGAAGAGCGCCAACAUGAAUGGGCUCCUGGACAGUGACAGCGACUCGCUGAGCAGCUGUCAGCAUCGCGUCAAGGCCCGACUCCAUGAAAUCCUGCAGAGGGACAGGGUGUUCACCGAGGAGGACUAUGACAGGGUGCUCGCUCCGACCUGCAGUGUCUCUUUGGUAAAUUCAAUGAAAAUAGUCCAGAACCCGGUGACCAUAUGUGACCAGGUCUACACCCUCAUUCAAAGCCUCAACUCGCAGAUCCGCACAAGAAUGGAAGAUCCCAAAUCUGCUGACCUGCAGCUGUACCACAGUGAGUCUCUGGAGCUGAUGCUGCAGCGCUGGUCCAAACUAGAGAAAGACUUCCGCAUGAAAAAUGGCCGCUAUGACAUCAGUAAAAUACCCGACAUCUACGACUGCGUGAAGUACGACGUUAUACACAACGCUUCCCUGGGCCUUCAGGACACUCAGGAGUUGUUCAGACUGUCUCGAGCUUUGGCUGAUAUCGUCAUUCCUCAGGAAUAUGGCAUCAAUAAAGUAGAGAAACUGGACAUCGCGUAUGCGUACUGCCUCCCACUCGUCAGAAAGAUCCAACUUGACCUGCAGAGAACUCACGGAGACGAGUUUGUCAACAAACUACAUCCUCUGUACUCGCGUGGCGUGCUGUCACCUGGUCGUCAUGUCAGAACACGUUUAUAUUUCACCAGUGAGAGCCAUGUCCACUCUCUGCUCAGCAUCUUCAGAUAUGGAGGCUUACUUGAUGAGGAGAAGGACCAGCAGUGGAAGCGUGCCAUGGAUUACCUCAGUGCGGUCUCUGAACUCAACUACAUGACACAGAUUGUCAUCAUGCUCUACGAGGACAACAAUAAGGACAUUUCCUCUGAGGAACGUUUCCACGUGGAGCUCCACUUUAGCCCGGGUGUCAAAAACGUUGAGGAGGAGGAGCACGCGCCAACUGGGUUUGGCUUCCGACCCGCCUCGGCGGAAGCGUUACGGCAGAACGGUCAAAAAAAGGCUGAUCUCGCCAGCUUAGAGGACCUUUCACGAGAUGAAACUGAUCGUUCUAUACCGAUUUCUGAGCCAAUCGCCAUCCAGAGGAGAUCUCCACUGAUUCGCAAUCAUAAGACCGGAUCCAUGGAGGUCCUGUCAGAAACAUCUGCUUCUAAAGUCGGUGGUUAUCGCCUCUUUUCAUUCUGUCCACGCAUGUCUCCUGAGAUGAAACAAAGUGGAUUAGGCUCUCAGUGUGCUGGGCUCUUCAGCACCACCGUCCUAGGUGGCUCUUCUAGCGCACCUAACCUGCAGGACUACGCACGCGUACACCGCAAAAAAUUCUCCACUGGCAGUCUGUCCUACAAAGACGAGUUGUUGUCUAUGCCGGCAGUAAAACGAUUUUCUGUGUCGUUUGCAAAGCAUCCGACUAAUGGAACGCAAGACGACUGGUCCACAGUAGCAGUGGCUCCAUCUUGCUGGUGCACUGCAGCAGAGCCCUUGGAGGAGCACCAUGUGGCCCAGUUGUUAAGAUGUUUAUCUACUGACCUCAGUUUGGGCCGCCGCCAACUCCCUCUGGACCGGGCACUGGCCCACCACCUUCACCAGUGCUCCUACCAUCUCCGCCUGUUCCGAAACUGGCUCAUCUCCGGCCAGGACCCCCUAGAGUACCUCCACGGCUUCGAAGGCUGCUCCAUGGUGCCCUCCAUCUACCCUCUGGAGACGCUGCACAACUCGUUGUCACUAAAACAGGUCAAUGAGUUCCUCACCAGCGUGUGCGAGAAUGCUGGAGAUCCACACACCAGAACCUCCAGAGCUCUGUCAGCCAUGUUCGGCUCCCACAACCAGCCAUCCGUUGACUCCUACAUCCCUCAGAGAGUUUUGUCUUCCUCCAUCCCUCUCAGGUCUCGCUCUGACAAACCUCCAUGGUACAGCAGUGGUCCGUCCAGCACGGUUUCCAGCGCCGGACCUUCCUCCCCCACCACAGCCGACAUUUCGCCACGCUUCAGUUUCAGUGAGAAGGUCUCCCUCACCCCUCAGAGCAGCGAGGAAAUGCACUCUUCUCAGAACAUUUCCACACAGUCAUCUUCUGCCUGUGGACCUCAAGGCUUUGACCCAACUUGUCCUUCUAUUUCAAACCCCGCUGAAAUCCCUCUGACUCCCAAAAACUCUCCAGAGGAAGACCCUGAAGUCGGAGUCAGCACUGAGACCCAGUCUGACGAUCCCGAUCCCCCCUCAGAUGAGCAGGAGGUUGCUCCUGCUGCUGCAGACCCCUGCAGCGGGUUGGUCUCAGACCCAGACCCCAGACCUCCCUGUGCAGCCUUAACUGAACUCAGUCUGGUUCGGAUGGAGGGUUACUGUCUUCCCGGGUCUCUGCCGGUGCUGCUGGAGCUCAGAGAGAGCAGCAGCGAGGCGGGCUCCAGCUCACAGACGCCUCAGUCUCCUGAGGGUCCAGACGAGUUCUUUGACACCCAAGAGUCCAUGGAGCUGUGGCUGGACAGUCCAGAAAGUGCCCUCCAUGCUGAGACUCCUGUGGAUUCUGAACCUGUUCAGCCAGCAGAGCCAUAGACCAGACUAGACGGGCUGCUUUGCGCCCGUUACAGAUGACUAGUGAGCCUUAACGUUACAAUCCUCCUCCUGUGUGGUUUUAGGCAGCUCCUGCUCUCAGCUCUGUGAUGCUGGUGAAAAUCCCACCAUCCAUCUGUCUACUAACAUGUUGUGGGUUGAACUUUGAUUUAAAUGAUUCUGUUACUGUUGUUUAUGGAGUUUUAAUGAACAACAAACUUUUUUUUAAUUUGCUUGUCUUAGUUUUGCUCACUGAAGGGAACCAGAACCUCCCAGAGGAGCUUGGCGAGUCUUAAACCAACAGAAAGAAACCGUCAAACUGAAACAUGAAAUAAUAAUAAUACUCAUUAUUAUUACUAUAAGUAGUAUUCAGUUUACUGAUUAGUUUAUUAUUACCAUACAGAUAGAUUCACCUUUUGUGUGCGCACGUUUCUGUCUGACAGCCGUGUGACGAGGUUUAAGCUGCUGCAGCAUCAGUUGUGUCAUCUGCUUGUUCCCUGGCUUUAGUGCAGCCUGCUCAUCAUGAGCAUUCACUUUUGCUUCUUACCACAGAAAACAAAUGUGAUCAUCAGGUCUUCUGUCCCUGACUGAGCUUUAACAAGCUCCGUGUGUUGGUUCUGCAGCUCUCCAUGUUAGGAUUCUGUCUGCUUAAAUCUAAACAGCUGUCAAAUCGUACCGCCUAAGUCCUUAACCCCUCCCCCCACUGAUAAUCUCACUUACUCACAGAAUUAGAGAGAAAAUAUAUAUUUAAGAUAACGUCUUUAAUUUAAGAAAGCCUAUAUUUUUAAUAUUUAAUUGUAUCACAGCUGUUUGUGUUUAUUUUGUAAAAACACACGAUGAUGUGUUUAAGAUCUAACAUGUGAAUUUCAUUGUUGAACAAACAGGAGAACAGUUUUAUAUUCAGUGUGCUUUUAUUGUGGUGAGCAGUAGUGUGGCACAUGUGUGCACGUGUAUACCGUGCACACGUGCUUUAGGAGCGCUCAGCUGGAUGAGGGUGUGCAGAAUCAGCAGGAUUUCAUGUUUCUGAAGUGAAACCCAAACUGUGAGUUAGUGACCCGUGUGUGUGGUAUAUGAGUGUGUGUUGCUCACUUCAUCUGGUUUAAUUUUACUUAAAGAUCGUUUCAAACAAUAAACAUGUCUGGCUCGUCUCUGUGCAGUGACUUGGUGGGAAAACUGGAAACGUCUUAUUGUGGAUCAUUUUAAUGUUAUAUAAAUAAUUAUAUGUAACAUUUCAAAAUAAAGCCCCUGGAUUUUCUG